CACAAGCCACUGUUAUUAUUAACAUUUGUCAUGCAGUUAAUCAACAAUUCAUUUAACUUGAGUGGUGGAAUACGACAAAGUGUACAUUAAUUGACUGUCACGUUGUCAAUUUAUAGCAGACGACGAUAACUAGUAUACAUUUUGUAAAGUCCCCCCCUUUUUUGCCAAAAUGGUUUCCCCGAUUGAUUGUGUGCGGUGGUCUCUGUAAGCUAGCUUGCUGCCAGUUGACUUCCUGUCUACUAGCCGAAGAACACUACAUUAAUUUUGAAAUUUAACGCCUGUUGUUGCUCUUUAAGGUGUCACUCCUGCUUCGGCGUCUGCUGUUGCGUUGCCACCAAACAGCAUCCCAGGCCGCACAAAGAAGAGGUUUGCAAGCAGAUUGUAAUUUAAACUCCAUAUACUGUAUAUAAUGGCGCUAGGUCCUCCUACUUAAAGGCGCUUUUAUCUCCGGUUUGCCCCUGACCCAGAAACAAACGUCAAGUGUCAAACCGGUUUGUGUCAGUGUGGAUACUUAACUCAUCGUGAAAAAGAUCUCCUGAACAUUUUGUGUCGGUUCAAUGACAAACACACACUGUUGACUAAAGGCAGUGACGGUGACAGACACUUAAGCUGCUACUUCCCUGCUUGGACCUUUACCACAAAAAAAGACAUCAAAAUGAGUGCAGAUUGGGGGGAGAAAUCCACAGCAGACCUCAUGAGCAGGUAUGUCUCCAAGGAAGAGGGUCACAAAGUGCCCACAGCAGGAUGGCGAAUCUGUUUGGCUCAUGAGUUCAAGGAGAAGAGGAAGCCUUUCCAAGCCAAGGAUGUAUCACUGAGUAAUCUUGUGGAGCACUAUGGACUAGGAAUCAGGUAUUUAAAAUGGUGGUACAAGAAGACACAGGUGGAAAGGAAGGCGCCAUUCAUCGAUAUGUUUCAUGCCCAACCCUUGCGUCAAAUAUACGGGGCUCCGCUGGGAGGUAUUGGAGGAGGUACCAUCACCAGAGGAUGGAGAGGGGAGUUCUGCCGGUGGCAGCUGACCCCUGGGAUGUACCACUACAAAACCGUCACCGCCAAUCAGUUCACAGUGUGCUUACGCCGCGGGGGCCAAACGGUUUACCAGCAGGUGCUCUCCACAGAGCGCCCACCGACACUGCAAGGCUGGAACUGGGGCUACUGCGGCGAGUACGCCUUCUAUCACGCCUUGUACCCACGCGCCUGGACUGUCUACCACCUGCCUGGGCAAAAUGUCACGCUGACAUGCAGACAGGUUUCCCCCGUCAUCCCUCAUGACUACAAGGACUCCAGCCUGCCAGUGGCGGUGUUCAUUUGGGAUGUGGAGAACAAGAACGACUAUGCCUUGGAUGUCACCAUCAUGUUUACCAUGGUGAAUGGGUCCGGACACAAGGACGACAAAGGCGGGGGACACUGGAAUGAACCAUUUCAUCUGGAAAAAGAGGGGGAGGCAGUGUCUGGAGUCUUGCUACAUCAUUCCACCCCUGUGAAUCCUUAUACUUUAUGCAUCGCAGCACGAGGCCAGCCUAACAAGGAAAUCAGCCAUCAGACUGCAUUCCGUCCAAAGGGAACCUGCAGCAGCUUGUGGAGUGACCUCAUCACUGAUGGACGCCUGGACUCUCCUACAGGCUCCAGCCCGCCGACUCCCAAAGGCGAGAAAGUGGCAGCAGCAUUGGCUGUUGGCUGCUCCGUGUUGCCUCAUAGCCGGAACACCCUGGAGUUCUGCCUGGCAUGGGACAUGCCCAAAAUCACCUUUGGAUCUCGGGAGAGGGAGCACCACAGGAGGUACACUCGUUACUUUGGGAGCAAAGGGGACGCGUCACCGUCACUCAGUCACUACGCCCUGACUCACUACGCGGAGUGGGAGGACAGCAUCGAGAAGUGGCAAACACCCAUACUGCAAGACCGUUCUCUCCCCUCCUGGUAUAAGUCAGCCCUCUUUAAUGAGCUGUACUUUGUGGCCGACGGUGGAACGGUGUGGACAGAGAUACAAGAGGAUGCCGACAUCAGCGGCGGUGUGCGCAGCGAAGACGGAGGACUGCCAGCUCAGCCUGCCGUCGUUAAAGAGUAUGGACGCUUUGCCUACUUAGAAGGUCAAGAGUACAGAAUGUACAACACGUACGACGUGCACUUCUACGCUUCUUUUGCAUUGAUCAUGCUGUGGCCCAAACUUGCCCUGAGUGUGCAGUAUGACAUUGCUGGCAGCGUGGUCCAGCAGGAUGUCACGGAGAGGUUGCAUCUGAUGAACGGCAAGUAUGCUGCUGUCAAGGCUAAAAAUGUGGUGCCUCACGACAUUGGAGACCCAGAUGAUGAGCCGUGGCAAAGGGUGAACGCCUACCUCAUCCAUGACACAGCCUACUGGAAGGACUUGAACCUGAAGUUUGUCCUGCAGGUCUACAGAGACUAUCACCUCACCCAGGACAAGGACUAUCUGCAGGACAUGUGGCCAAUCUGCCAGGCAGUCAUGGAGUCAGAGUUGAAGUUCGACCUGGAUGGAGAUGGCCUGAUUGAGAAUUCUGGCUUUGCCGACCAGACGUAUGACGGCUGGACGGUAACUGGACCGAGUGCAUACUGCGGUGGGCUGUGGUUGGCGUCGCUGUGUGUCAUGUGUAAGAUGGCCACACUGGUGAACUGUGAGGAGGCACACCAACGCUACAGAGACCUCUUGGUCAGAGGCAGUGCUGCUUUUGAUAAACUGCUGUGGAACGGCAAAUACUACAACUACGACAGCAGCGGCAGGAACCUUUCCAACAGUGCCAUGUCCGACCAGUGUGCUGGGCACUGGUUCCUAAGAGCAUCCGGGCUAGGAGAGGAAGAAUUCCAGGCUUUUCCCAAAGAAAAAAUCCGGACUGCACUCCAAUCUGUUUUUGACUUAAAUGUAAUGAGCUUCGCGGGAGGUCAGAUGGGUGCGGUAAAUGGCAUGCGGCCCGAAGGCGUGCCCGACCGCUCCAGUGUCCAAUCAGAUGAGGUUUGGAUCGGUGUUGUUUACGGACUGGCUGCCACUAUGAUCUACGAGGGAAUGCUGGAGGAAGGCAUGCGCACAGCAGAGGGUUGCUACCGCACGGUCUGGGAGAGGCUGGGCAUGGCCUUCCAGACACCAGAGGCCUACUGUGAGAAGGGCAUCUAUCGCUCACUGGCUUACAUGAGGCCGCUCAGUGUCUGGGCUAUGCAGCUCGCUCUUGACCAUUCCCGCAAUGAUGGCGACACAUCAGUACCACAGGGGGCGGCGGCCAUGAGCCAUGUUGGCGACAGAAUCAUCUCUGUUUAGGUUUGUCAGAAGAUCAUAGUGUUACUUGAAUUUGGUUUUAUAAUAGACUCUGUUCCAAUCACAAGCUCUCCACACCCAGUACUGUACAACGUAUGUCUUAGACACACACAAGACUAGAUGGCUUGAAGAUUGCUAUCAUUGGUGCUUGUGAAUGACGGUUUAUGUCUCGGGUCAGAAACUUGAAGUCAGUGUAGAUAUUUCAUAACCUUUUUACAUGUACAUGUUAUAAUAAUAAUAAUAAUAUACAUAAAUAUUUGAAUGCUGUACUAAGGUAUGUAAGGUAGGUACUAAGGUAUACGUAUAUACGUAUAAGAGUAGUAGUGAUGAAUAUUUUUCUGGUUGAUAAUCAUUUGGUGCCUUGUUGCAUGUUAGCCUAUAUAAGAGUAGCUGCAAACCUGACUGUUUUAUAAACACCUGCACUCGUGACAAUCAUCUUGAAUAAAUCACUUACGCUCUCGCA